AUGUUGAGCAUCCAAUUGAGACAUAUGGGUCUUGCGACACGAUCUCCUCGCGGAUCCCUUAUAUCCGCAUUGACGAUUACACGCCCUACACGGAGACUAUUAACAACAUCUCAUCCUAUAGUAAAGAAAGUAUUGCCACCUUUAAACUCAAUCGAGUUGAAAGCAUAUGAUCCAGAAUAUGUUGAAAAAAAUUGGUACGAAUGGUGGGAUCAAAUAGGAGCAUUCAAACCUGAGUUUACCAAGGAUGGUAAAAUAAAAGCAGAAGGACUAUUUUGCAUACCUGCUCCUCCACCAAAUGUUACGGGUGCGUUACAUUUGGGUCACGCUUUAACCAUUGCCAUUCAGGAUUCAUUAAUUCGAUAUUAUAGAAUGAAAGGUAAAACUGUUUUGUUUUUACCUGGCUUUGAUCAUGCAGGUAUUGCUACGCAAUCUGUUGUUGAGAAACAGCUUUGGAAGCAAGAAAAGAAAACAAGGUACGAUUACGGUAGAGAUGGCUUUAUAAAGAAGGCUUGGGAAUGGAAGGAAAAAUAUCAUAAAAGGAUCAAGAAUCAACUGAAAAGACUGGGUGCAUCAUAUGAUUGGAGCCGUGAAGCAUUUACACUGGAUCCUAAAUUGUCCACAGCUGUCAAAGAAGCUUUUGUUCGAUUGCAUGAUGCCGGUAUCAUAUACCGUGCAUCGAGACUGGUAAAUUGGUCGGUCAAACUAAAAACUACGAUUUCCAAUCUGGAAGUUGAUAAUAAAAUCAUCAAUGGAAGAACGUUACUAACGGUUCCCGAUUACAAAGAUAAGAUUGAGUUUGGUGUACUAAUUUACAUUGCUUACCCAGUAAUUGAUUCCAAUACUAACGAGAGGAUAAUUGUUGCCACCACAAGACCUGAGACUCUGUUUGGUGAUGUUGCCAUUGCAAUCCAUCCAGAAGAUUCCCGUUACAAGCAUCUGCAUGGUAAAUUUGUUCAACACCCACUGAUACCUAAAAAGAUACCUAUAAUAUUAGAUGCCACAGCUGUAGACAUGACUUUUGGAACAGGAGCUGUUAAAAUUACACCAGCACACGACCAAAAUGAUUAUAACGUUGGUAAACGUCAUUCCUUGCAAUUUGUCAACAUUUUCACAGAUGAUGGAUUAUUAAAUGAAAACUGUGGUUCUUCUUGGGAGGGAUUGAAAAGAUUUGAUGCAAGACAACUCGUUAUUGAUGAGUUAAAACGAAAAGGAUUUUUUAUGAAACAGGAAGAUAAUCCUAUGAUAAUUCCACUCUGUUCUAGGUCAGGUGAUGUUAUUGAACCUUUGCUGAAACCACAAUGGUGGGUCUCACAAAAAUCAAUGGCCAAGACAGCGAUCGAUAUUGUGGAAAAAGGUGAAAUAAGAUUUAGUUCGAGCAACACCAAGAAUGACUAUUUUAGAUGGCUGGAAAAUAUACAAGAUUGGUGUAUUUCCAGGCAGUUGUGGUGGGGUCACCGAUGCCCAGUAUAUUUUAUAAACGUUGAAGGUAGUGAGGACUCUGCGGCGAUAAACAGGAAUGAUGGCAAAUAUUGGGUGGCCGGAAGAAAUCUUGAAGAAGCUGUGCAUAAAGCUGCUAAAAAAUUUCCUAACAAGAAGUUUAGUUUGGAGCAAGAUCAAGAUGUAUUAGAUACCUGGUUUUCUUCAGCAUUAUGGCCAUUCUCUACGUUAGGUUGGCCCAAUAAAACCAAUGAUAUGAAUCUAUUUUACCCAUUUUCUAUGUUAGAGACUGGAUGGGAUAUUUUAUUCUUUUGGGUCACUAGAAUGAUCAUGUUAGGUGUGAAAUUGACUGGCUCUAUUCCAUUUAAGGAAGUUUAUUGUCAUUCUUUAGUGCGUGAUUUUGAAGGUAGAAAAAUGUCUAAAUCUUUGGGUAAUGUUAUUGAUCCCCUAGACAUAAUAAAUGGAUGUACUUUGAAGGAGUUGCAUGAGAAACUGCAACAAGGAAACCUUGACCCCAAAAAAAUUGAUAAGAUGAAAAUUGAACAAAAGAAAAUGUAUCCAAGAGGUAUUCCACAAUGUGGGUCUGACGCCUUAAGGUUUGCGUUGUGUGCAUACACAACUGGGGGUCGUGAUAUUAAUUUGGAUAUCUCGAGAGUGGAAGGGUAUAGAAAAUUCUGUAACAAGAUUUAUCAGGCAACUAAAUUUUCUAUUCAAAGACUUGGUGAUGAUUAUCAGCCACCAUCAUCAACACACACUCCAGCAAGCAAGAGUUUAGUUGAGAAAUGGAUUCUUUAUCAAAUGAAUAAUACAAUUGCAAUUGUCAAUGACAGUUUUGAAAAACGUGAUUUUCUUACAUGUACUAGCAAAAUAUAUGAGUUGUGGUAUAUGAUAUGUGAUGUUUACAUUGAAAACUUUAAAUGGUUGGCAAAUGAUACAAUUAUGGAGAAAGCUGCAAAGGAUACUUUACAUACCCUAAUAGAGAAUGGACUAAAGAUGAUUCAUCCAUUUAUGCCCUAUUUAUCUGAAGAAUUGUGGCAGAGACUUCCGGAUGGAAUUGGGAAAGACGAAUCAAGCUCGAUAAUGAAGACAUUGUAUCCAACUCCAAGUGAAGACUUUAACUACGGCAAGGAAGCUAAACAGUAUGACGAAAUCCUUAAGAUUAUUAAGAGUAUGAGAUCGUUGUUAUCAGAAUAUAAUAUAACUGCUAAUGCCAGGUUUUUCUUUGAAAUAUUAGAUGACGAACUAUUUGACAUUGUUAGGGCAGAAAAGGAUGCAAUACUUUCUGUAAUGAAGGGUGUUGAAAACAUUUCCUUUUUGGCUGUUGCACCUGAUAGACAGCCAAUAAAAAACGAUUGUGUGUCUUGCUCCAUAUCAUCACAAGUGAACGUUUAUCUUUUAGUUAAAGGACAAUACAAGGAUAUUUCUAAAGAACUUUCGAAACAAUUAAAACAGUUGGAAAAGUUAAAUAAUAUAUAUGCAGCUACCCAAAGGAUGUUAACCAAUAAAGACUUCAUAAAAAAGGCUUCCGAAGAAAUUAGGGAAAUGAACGAAAAAAAACUUAUUAAUAUUCAUAAUAAAAUCUUGGGAAUGCAAAAUACUGUAAAUAAUCUGAAGCGUUUUCAGGAGUAA